AUGCCGCGACUGGUGCAAGUGGUGCGCGAGGAGCGCGCGCGCGCCGACGCCGUGCUCGUGGUGGACGCCGGCGGCCAGUUCAACACGGCGCUGCUGGACAACCCGUCCGCUCCGGAGCUGCUCACCGACCUGGUGAGUCUGGUCGGCUACGAUGUGAUGGCACUCGGGAGGCCAGAGCUGCUCGGCGGCCUGGAGGCGCUGCGGCGCUACAUAGCGCUCGUAGGCGUCCCGUUCGUGUGCACCGGUGGCCUCGUGCCGCAGGUCAACGCCAGCGCCGGCGCACCGCCGUGCAACGCCAGCAUGAUGCUCACCGUCGGCAGGGUCAAAGUCGGUAUCGUCAGCUACCUAGCGCCGAACACCGUGGAACUCAUAGUUGACGAACCACCGGCGGGUAUUCAAUCCAAACCGCUGAGCCAGGUACAGGAGGAGGCCAAACGCCUGCGCAGCCAGGGCGCCCGUCUCAUCAUCGGUCUCAUCUACUGCAGCUGGAUGGUGUCUAGCGACAACAUGUCCAUCAUCGCCAACGAGCUCACGGAUAUUGACCUGGUGGUGACCGGUAACGCAGGCCACCUGUUCUACAACGGUCCCUCUCCUCACGGAGAAGUGGCUCACGGACCGCACCCGGCCACACUGGAACGGCCUGGCGGAGGCAAGCCGCUGCUGGCCGUCGCCUCGCACAACAUGCUCCACUACGCCGGCUACCUGCGGAUCAAGGUGGCUCCCGGCGGCGGCAUCAGUGAGUGGGACGGCGACAACCCGCGCCUGCUAACAGGUGACAAAGACGCCGCGGCCGAGGCGGUCAUGGCGCGCCUGCGACCCAACCAGAGCGAGCUGCUCGGCGGUCUGGUGGCGCGCUCCCUCUACAUGCUGGAGGGCGGGGGGCACUGUCGCGACUCUGAGUGUGCGCUCGGCACCCUCAUCGCCGACGCCAUGCUGGAGGCCUCCAUCCAGCCCGAGUACAAGGGGAACGACAUUCUGGCGUGGACGCGCGCCGGCACGGUCAUCUUCCAGGGCUGGGUGGUGCAGUCGAGCAUCUCGGCGGGACUGGUGUACGAGGAGGAUCUGCGCGUGGCGCUGCCGCUCGACGACCGUCUGGUGAUCGUCUCUGUGCUCGGUCGCCGACUGGUCUCCCUGCUGGAGGCGGCCGUCCGCUCGGGCGUCUACUCGGGCCUCCAGGUGUCCGGGGUGCGGCUCGACAUCGCGCCCGACCCCGACGACGGAAAGGCGAUGACGGUGCACCUGAUGAAGGUGCUCUGCACGGUGUGCCAGAUGCCCGCCUUCAAGGCCGUCAACCACCGCUACACGUACCGACUGGUCAGCUCCGAGACGUGCGUAAAGCUGGUGUUCUCCCAGUUCAAGAGCGGCCUCCAGUACGAGCCGCUCAACAUCACGCUGCGGGACGCGGCGCGGAAGCUGAUGCGGAAGCUGUCGCCGAUGGCGGUGCCCCGGGAGGAGAGGAUCAUUCUCACGACGCUGCACCACCACGACCAGACGGGAGCGGCUCCGGACGCUCUGCGCGCCGCCUCGGUUCUGUUGGUGGGAGCGGUCGUAGCUGUGUUCAUGUGA